AGGUGAAACUCAUCUAAGUUCAUCAGUUUCUGAACUUUGUUUGAGAUCAAACCGAAGCGACAUGAAAUAUUCAUUCGUCAUUCUUUUUGCUGCUGUUGCUGUCACUAUGAUGGCCAGCGAAUCAUCUGCUGCUAUAACGUCUCAUUUGCGGAACCUGGUUUUGCAAGUGCUUGAUGGAAGAAAAGCAAAUUUCUUUUUGAGCCGCUUGAAACACUAUAAUCUUGUCGAUCAAAAUGAUGACAUUGCAGCUGCACAGCAAAAGAUGAACGACUUCAAUGGCGACAUUAUGGAGGAUUAUUUUAAUCUGGAAAGAGCAUUGGAUCAAACAGAAAAAUAUAAUCCAAGGGAUCAUGGAAGAGAACGAGGCUAGAGUUACGGCAAAAAAUCCAUAUAUUACAACAUUGUAACAAUAAUUUAUUAUUAUCAAAAUCUCAAAUAAUAAAAAAUCAUUGAGUAAUCGAUACAUA